GUGGCUCCCACUUUCCCAGCCCACUUCCGCGCUGCCCCAUCAUGCUGGGAGAUCACAGCGGCCUCCCCGCAGAUCGAGCUCUGCUCAGCCAGGCCCCCAAAGCCGGACUCAGCUGCAAAAUGGUGCUUCAGGCAGUCGGCAAAGUGCUCAGGAAGUCUAAAGCCAAGCCCAACGGGAAGAAGCCCGCCGCCGAGGAGAAGAAGGUGUACCUGGAGCCAGAGUACACCAAGUCCAGGAUCACCGACUUCGGGUUCAAGGAGCUGGUGGUGCUGCCCCGGGAGAUCGACCUCAACGAGUGGCUGGCCAGCAACACCACGACGUUCUUCCACCACGUCAACCUCCAGUACAGCACCAUCUCAGAAUUCUGCACGGGAGAGGCGUGCCAGACGAUGGCCGUGUGCAACACGUGGGCGACUGCAGUGCCCCCAGGAGCUGGCCUGCCCAGGCCUUGCGUCGAGGGAACGCUUCCCAGUUUCUGGCCAAGGUGGAUUUUUCCGACUCUGGCCUCAGCGGUCAGGCGCAUCCAACGUCAAGCGGGGCUGGGGACUCGCUGGAGCCCGUGGGAGUCUGUGGCCCCAUCCUCAGGACCCCAGGGGCUGGUGUGAGGGGAGGGAAGGUAUGGCCAGCAGGGCUGCCCUGUGAUGCGCGGGGACGGGGUCCUUGCCAAUCUGCCCAGGGCUUUGUCCGACCAGCUCCUGGCCUCGUGGGCUCGUCUCCCUGUGGGGCCCGCAGUGCCGGGGCGGGGGGGCCUGGGAGCAGGCUCGGCGGGGAGGCUCUGUGGAGGCUGCAUUACAAGUGCAGUCUGCCUUCUGCCUCGUCCCCUGGAGUCGCACCCUGACCUUCACCUUCAGGUGGGCAGCGCCUGGCUAGGAGGAGCAGGCAGUGGGCGGGCCUGGUGCCCCAGCGGCCUUCAGGGCUGUGUCCUCUUGUGCAUGGAGGGUUGGCCUCCUUCCUGGUGGCCUGAAGUCUUGCAGCCCGACCCCCAGUCCUGCCAGUGGUACAAAUGAGCCAACAGGUGCUGGGGGCAGCGGAGAGCUCUGGGUCCUGCUAGGGGGCUGGGAGGCUGGGGGAGGUGGGCAGCAGGGCUGUCUUGAGGCCACUUGGGCAGGCCAUGCCUCUUCUUUUGGCUAGAGUCAGGCUGGCCAUGAGAUGGGGACCCUGCUGUCCUGAGAGCAGGCCUGGCAAAGUGGUGAGUGUAGGUGAGUCCUCAUGGCUGUCACCCAGGGGUGCUGGUGAGCUCAUAUGUCAGGGCGGGGUGUUCAGAGCCAGCCUGGAGUCCCAGCCUGGGCAAGGUGCAAGGUUGAGGUGAUGGGGGGACCUGGUCUAAGCCAGUUCUGAAGCCAGUAAAAUCAGCUAAAUGGGUAGGGGCGCCAGGUGGAGGUCUGUGUGAAGCCCUUUCUGGCUGGUACAGGUGCCACAGGGUUGGGGUCUAGGCCACGGAAGAGGGUGCUCUGGUCACUCAGUGGCUGGAUGACCACAGCAGUCUGCGCCCACGUGGGUCAUUGCCCAGCAGACCCGUGCCCUCCCUCCCCCACCCACCCACCUGCUCCUGAGCCAGCCUGCAGGUGCAGGGCCUUCUGCCUGGAAGACUGGAGCAGGUUGGGGUGAGCAUGGGGAUGGUGGUGGUGCGGCCGGAGCCUACCAGAUGUCUGCCUGUUGUGCCAGAGGACAGGGCCGGUUGCUGUGAACCAGGAGACUCGCUUGGUUUCCCGGCUGGGCUUACGUAGGGUGUCCAUGUCCCAAGCACUCUGGCCCUCUCUCACCUGGGGACUGCCUGCCCGCCCCUUGAAUGGGGGCAGGCUAGGGGGCGCUGGAGGGCCUCCAGGGACCAGGUUCCUGAUUACAGAGGCCCCUCCACCCACUGGGCCCCGUGCAGGGUUUGGCUUCCAGUGGUGGUGGCAGGGAGGCUCCUGAGGGUCCAGGCCCUGUGACAAGGCACAGCAGAGCCUCACAGAAGCGCCGGGAAAGCUGGUUUGUAGCCCUGUUAAGAACAGACUCGGGGCCUCUUGAUAUAACUCCUAACGACACUUGCCCCGUAGAGGACGGGAGGGGCUGCCCUGCC